UUGCGCUGCAGCAUGACUACGUAGCAUGUUGAGUUAACUAGUUAUAUUUAUUCUUGACGGACAGAUCCCCCGCGCUUUCACACCCUGUACACCCCUCCUCCCUUGCUCUCUUUCCAUCUUCUUUUCCCCUCUAUACCCCUCUAGUAUUCUCCCUUCAGACUCCAUCCCAUCCUCUUCUCCCUCCUCCCCAUCAUAUUAUCAUAUCCCAUCUAUUUUAAUCCAUCAUCUGCAAUCAUGGCCGCUGCUGCGAUCAAAGAAACCGUUUCCAACCUUAUCCAUGGCCAGUCCGAGCCCGCUCUCCGUGAGCCCUCCCCCGAGGAAUUCGAGCAGCUGAAGAAGAAGUACACCGAUGCCGGGCAAGGACAGGUCUUUGCCUUCGUUGACGAGCUGAAGCCCGCCGAGAAGACCCAGCUUUUCCACCAGUUGAACAACUUCGACCCCGUCCGCAUCAACGAGUUGGCCGAGAAGGCUCUGAACCCUCCCAAGGCCGAGCAAGGCCCCGUCUCCCUCGAACCCCUCCCCGAAGUGGCUACCGCAUCGAUCCUGGAUUCGGACCCCAAGGAUAUUCAGAAGUGGUACGAUGAGGGUCUGCAGUUGGUUGCUGGCAACAAGGUCGCUGUGGUGUUGAUGGCUGGUGGACAGGGCACCCGUCUGGGUAGCUCCGCCCCCAAGGGUUGCUUUGACAUCGGUCUCCCCAGCCACAAAUCUCUCUUCCAGAUCCAGGCCGAGCGUAUUGCUAAGCUCCAGCUCCUGGCGAAGAAGUCUUCCGGCAAGGAUGCCGUCAUCCCUUGGUAUGUCAUGACCAGCGGACCUACCCGUAAACCCACAGAGGAGUUUUUCCAGCAGCACAACUACUUCGGCCUCGACAAGAGCAAUGUGGUUAUCUUCGAGCAGGGCGUCUUGCCUUGCAUCUCUAACGAGGGCAAGAUUCUGAUGGAGAGCAAGUCUAAGGCGGCUGUUGCUCCUGAUGGCAACGGUGGUAUCUACCUUGCCCUCUUGACUUCCGGAGUCAGGGAGGACAUGCGCAAGCGUGGAAUCCAGCACAUUCACACCUACUGCGUCGACAACUGCCUGGUCAAGGUUGCCGACCCUGUCUUCAUCGGCUUUGCUGCCUCCAAGGACGUCGACAUCGCUACGAAGGUUGUCCGUAAGCGCAACGCUACCGAGUCGGUCGGUCUGAUCCUCCAGAGAAACGGCAAGCCCGACGUCGUCGAAUACUCUGAGAUUGACCAGGAGACGGCCGAGGCCAAGGACCCCAAGCAGCCCGAUGUCCUGAAGUUCCGUGCCGCCAACAUUGUCAACCACUACUACUCCUUCCGUUUCUUCGAAUCCAUUGAGAGCUGGUCUCACAAGCUGCCUCACCACGUUGCCCGCAAGAAGAUCCCUUGCAUCAGGCCCGAGACCGGCGAGGCCUUCAAGCCCGAGAAGCCCAACGGCAUCAAGCUCGAGCAGUUCGUGUUUGACGUUUUCCCCAUGACCCCUCUGGAGAAGUUCGCCAGCAUUGAGGUGCGUCGUGAGGACGAGUUCUCGCCCCUCAAGAACGCCCGCGGCACUGGUGAGGAUGACCCCGACACCAGCAAGGCCGACAUCAUGAAGCAGGGCCAGCGCUGGAUCGAGAAGGCCGGUGGUGUCGUUGUCACUGAAGGCGAGGCUGUUGGCGUGGAAGUCUCGCCUCUGAUCAGCUACGGUGGAGAAGGGCUGGAAUUCCUCAAGGGUCGUGAGCUCAAGGCUCCGGCUGUGGUUGAGAAGGAAGAGUAAAUGGAAUCAUCAUAUUGCGGGAGUUAGGACAGCUUGUAUGGAACUACUAAUAAUGCAUAAAUCAACCGCCCGCUGUGUAUAGGCUGGGUUACAUUUUUGAAGCCAAAUAUGUUG